UUUCCAUCGCAAAGCGUAAAUUCAAUUGAAAUUAUUUUUAAAUCGCAGCUCAGGUUUCCAAGCGUCUUAAUUUGAAAAUAAGCCAAUAACUAGCCGCAUCAAAAUGGGUAGCCAACAACACGAUUUGAACCAUUACUUCGAUUUUGUCAUGAAACUGACCAUCGACUCCGCGAAGGUGAUCAGAGAAGCUAUCCAAGGUGGUAAAAAUAUCGAAACAAAAGCUGGUGAUUGGGACCUGGUGACUCAAUACGACCGAAAAGUGGAGGAGAUCCUGAUAGCUGGAUUAAGCAAGGAGUUCCCCGACCAUAAAUUCAUUGGCGAGGAAACCGUCUCCACUAACAAUUAUUUGCCAGAAUUGACCAAUGCACCGACAUGGAUAAUCGACCCCAUCGACGGAACUACAAAUUUCGUACACUCGUUUCCUCACACGUGCAUAUCAAUUGCUCUGGCAAUAAAUAAAGAGUUAGAGAUUGGCAUCGUCUACAAUCCGGUUCUUGAACAAUUAUUCACAGCAAGAAAAGGACGCGGAGCUUUUCUCAAUGGGAAAUCAAUAAGAAGUUCAUCGGUCGAAGAACUCGCAAAUUCUUUGAUCUGCAUUGAAGCUUCCUACGCGACAAUCGAAGAUAUCAGAGACAUAAUCCUUGGAAGACUAGAGGCAUUCGUAUCAAUCGCUCACGGGAUCAGAACUCUCGGUUCGGCUGCCUUGACACUUUGUCACGUAGCAAUGGGUGCUGCAGAAGCAUAUCACACCGACAACCUGAUGCCUUGGGACGUGGCUGCAGGUACCCUCAUAAUAAAAGAGGCUGGUGGCGUUGUGAUAGAUACGAAUGGUGGGAAUUUUGAAGUGAUGAGUCCCAAAGUCCUGGCAGUAGGCAAUCACAAGUUGGGUCAAGAGUUGGUCAAGCUGAUCAAACACGCGGACGACAGAACACGCCAGAAGAGGCUCAAGAGCAUGCAAGCAUCGUAGUUAUUACAUAGAAUUGGAAGUUGCAUUUUCAAAUUUCAGUAU